CACGAAUUGAUUGAAGUUCCUUGACAAUAUUAUAGAAGAGGCCAAGAGAGAAUAGCGGUGGGUGAAGUCGCGUUAUAUUUGUUAUGUUGUGUAAGUAGUUAGUGUCAGUUGGUGAGGACAGCGUGUGUACUGUUGGUGCCUUGGAAGGAGAUAUAAUUUUGAAAUAUGAACGCACCUCCAACAUUCGAAUCAUUUCUCCUUUUUGCUGGAGAAAAGAAGAUAAUAAAAGAGCAAGAUACGAAAGUGCCAAAUGCAGCGAUAUUUACUAUCAACAAGGAAGACCACACCCUUGGAAAUAUGAUACGAAACCAACUGUUGAAGGAUCCAAAUGUUUUAUUUGCUGGUUACAAAAUACCACAUCCACUAGAGCACAAGUUUAUACUUCGUAUCCAAACUACAUCUGAUUACUCACCGCAAGAUGCACUGACACAUGCAAUUACUGAUCUGAUUGCUGAACUCUCUCUCUUUGAGGAAAGGUUCAAGGAAGCGAUAAAAGAGAAGAAAGAUGGAUUGGAUUAAUAUUACCAGAUGCUUGAAAUGCUGUACACAGCAUGUCUAGCGACAUGAUUUUAUCAUCUUCAUUAGAUCAGUUAAUGUUCCUUAUUGUUCUCAAUAUGUAUAUUUGACACUCUCAAUGGUAUGGAUGUACAAAGAAAACAAGUAUUAUUUCCUUCCAGUCCAUUUUAUUCAUAGUUCUAGAUUAAUACUAAGAUGGUGGAAUGAAAUGUUUGUUUUAUAAAACUUAUUUUGUAUAAUAAAACUGUGUGAUGUGUA